GUUUCUUCAUACGUGGUGUUCAUUUCUGGAACAGCAAGCAGACGGGAUACCAAAAUGAAGGUGUUUCUGGCUCUGGUUAUAUGUGUGGUACUUCUGGCUGUUUUCACUGAUGCCUCACCCAUUCUACCAGAGAAACAAGCCAAACAAAUUCUAAGGACGAAGCGCUCAGACAGAGAAAGAAAAGCCGGACACUCUGAUGAACCAAUGAGGGAGUACAUGCUUUACCUCCAGAGACUGGAGCAGAGAUCAGAGGAACAAUUUUAUGAACACUGGUGGAACCCUCAUUGUCAGCCUCACUGCAAUCGCAAUAUUGUGAAUCCUGUUUAAUCUCUACAGUGUACCUGCACUGAUAAAGAUCUGGAUAUUGACCUAAUAGAAUUCUCACCACAGAACAGGAACGUGUGAUGCUCCCGUAAUGGAAACAGCUAUUUCAUUACUGUUAACUGUGCGCCACCUAUUGCCAGGCAAGUUAAUAGCACAUGCUAGCUGGACCGGGUUUUUAAAUUGCAUUACAAAUUGUAGAAGAAGCAACCAAUCAACCGCUGAUGUAUCACGUAAUUAAUCAGUUGGGCAUUUAUAAAUCACAAAUUGUCCAAAUGUAAACAAAUAAAAAGGGAUUGAAUUUAAUCUAAUGUCUUUGGGCAGAAUAUGGAAUUCGGCUGCAUCUGCAUGUAGAUGGAUAUAGUACAAUGUUAAAUUACAAUAUAACUAACAGUUCUUUUGAAGAUCUACUUAUUCUUGCUAGUUUAGUAACAUGUUUAUGAAAAAGUGUAUAAAAAGCUUUUAAACAUUGUAUUCUAUUGUAUAUAUACAUGCAUGAAUUACUGUACACCCAUAUAAGCUAUUAAUUUGUCAGCCACAAUAAAAUCAUUGCAAGUAA